UUGAAGUUCCCGCCCCAUGGUGCCAACCCAAUCUUCAAAAUUUAACGCGAAGUAAACAAUAAUUGAGGUUAUGUUUUAAUCAGUUACAAAUAAUCCGUUGUAUUUAUUUGAAAAACCAAACAUGAACUUAUUAAACAAAGAAGCGGACAAUUUUAUGAAUCGUGUGCGUCGGGCACUAACCCUUCCAAUAAGAGCCCGGUGUGCCGAAUUAACCGUAUUGUUUGACCGCGGGAGCACCCUAGAUCUCCAGAACUUUUUUCCUCUACUCAUUGAUAAUAUAUUCGGACCUCAGGGCACGGUCAGUUGGGGACUACGUAUAGCCAGAGAUGUAAAUGAAGACUUUCGGCAAUUGGAACAUUUUUUGUCGCCAUGUGGACCUGUGUUUAAGUUGAUUUACACCUUACUCAAAGACCCGUCGGCGAAAUAUGACUUUCCAAUCAUGUAUUUACCACUGAAGGUGCAACAGGUGUUAGAAAAUGCUCAGUCGCACCCGUUUUAUGCCGAUUUAGUACAUGUUAAUCCACAAACAAAACGUGUUAUUUCGUUGUUGUUGAAUCCGUUUGAUUAUUACAUGUUUCAUUUUGCGUAUCAUUUGAUUAAUCCGUGGCAUCAAAGGACGGGGAUUGUGCUGCCAACCACGACGAUGACGACGACUACAACGCAACAACAACCAUGGAACACUGUUUAUUAUGUACUGUGUUGUGAUUAUAUGUUACACUUUUUACCAACAAAUCCUGGGAUCUCGGUCCUACCAAUUAUAUAUUAUAGUGGAAAAAAUCCCAUUCAUCCUCUGCAACAAGUAAAUAAGACUCCAGUGGGGUCUAAAUUAAUAAGUGCCAACAUUCUAAACAAAUCAGUAGAAGAAUAUACAUUUCACCAAAACUUUGGGCGCCACCCAAGAAAUCAAAUUUGGCGUAGCGAGACCGUUCUCACUGUUUUUAUAGAUAUGUGGCUAAAUAACGACCAAAUUAACCAGUCCACGAAUCAGAUAAACAGUUCGUUUAAUUCUUCAACAGUACCGCGUCUUCUACAAUACAGUGAAUUGCCUUCAUCUGAGUACAUGAGAAUAGUUCGUGUACUUAUCAAACAAUUACAUGCUUUUUCAGCCAGUGCCAGCAUUGACGAUACCCACAUGAGCGAGUUAAAAAAAGUCGCAAUUCCAAUGGUAGAAAGUAAAUUUUAUAUUUUUCUACGAAACUUGAUACAUAGGUGGCCACUAGAUGGCUCUUUUCGACUUUUACUGGAAUUGUGGCUCACGUACAUACAACCGUGGCGGUAUCCACCGGAUUUGGCUCAAAUAGAUUUGAAAAAACAGAACCUAGACUCGGAUGAAAAUGUAGUGGCGCCCCCUACCGUGGAUCGAGAACACUUGCCAUUCAUCGCCCAAAACUUGCUAAUUUAUGUUGUUAUUUUUCAACAGCUCCUUCCUAGAUUUACUAGGGUGGAUUUAGUGAGCCCGAAGAUGUCGGUGAUGCUUUAUAGAAUCAGCAAAGUUUUCAACCAACCAAAUUUAUCUUCUUUUCUUAAAGAAAUAGAACAGUCUAUUGAAAAUAAUCAUUCUCCGUCACAUUCGUACAGUAAUCAUUGGUUGUCGAGUUUGCCGCCGUUAAAUCCCACCAGUAAUUGGUGCACAAACACCAGUUUAAAUUCUUCUAGUUUGUGGCCAAAUACGUCUUUAAAUAACAAAAAUUUUAAUUCACCGAGAAGUCCUGGCUUCGUUCCGGACUCAAAUUCGACGUUUAUGAAUAGUUUAUUGGGGGAUAAAAAGUGGUCAGCGAUUGUUAAACAAAGGAUUUAUGAACUGGAAGGGCCCAGUUUUUGUUAUAAGCCUUUGUUUUCAACACCACCAGCUCCAGAGGUCUUUGAAUUAAUUAUGCAAAUAAAGAAAUCCAUAAGAGUUGCACAAGAACUGGUGCAAAUCAAAAGACAAGAAGAACAAGAACUGCACGGAAGCUUUUUUGGCCUGUUUAAGCUCCUUUGGGAACCACCAAGAACCUCCGACGAGUUUAGUCUAAACGAACGUCUGAAAGUCCCAGAAUACCUAGAUAAAUCUCUGGAGCACUUACAACAACUUUUCCAAAUCUCAGAACUUCCAGAAACCGAUUCUGACAAUUCGCAAGAAAAAUCUUCUCCUUCGAGUGGCUUAGAAAUAUCGAACGAUUUCAAAUUUCUCACACCAGAGAGAGUGCGCGAAAGAAUAAAAAGGAUAAAAUAUGAAGGGGAUCCGGACCUGCAUCCAAUCAGAUCGACUGAAAUUACGUUUUUAGUGCGAAUGUUUUAUCAGUUGUCUCAACAUAUAAACGAAAGGUUCCAGUACAAGUUCUGUCAGUUGUACUACGACCAAAGCUAUUGGGGGAGAUUUUCGCGCCAAAUUUUAUGUCCGCCAAUCACGAUCUACAAGUACGAUAAAACUAAACCUGGAUCACCAAGAGUCAGUUCGGAGCUACCACCCAGAGUUAGUUUGAGAGUUUUUGCGAGUUACAGUUUCUGGAUUUAUUUGAUACUAGGGUGGAUUGUUGCGAUCAUUUUCGAUUACAGUUUACCGCAGUAUUUAUUAUUUUUAGUUGUUGUUAUAUUGUUUUAUAAGUGUAUUAGAGCUAUCGCUAGUAAUCCGGUUAGGCACAGUUAUCCUACUCAAGGGUUUGGGAAUAUAAGCUUUGAUGAUUCUUUUUAACUUUUGUACUCAAUAAAUUAUGAGAUGUGUUGA